GAGGACUCGUUUUUAAGGGCUUUGGUUCUGAGAAAGACCUGGAGCUUGAACAUUUCUUUGUAUGUGUGUUCUUGUUUUUCAGGUCACGAACCAGUUUCUCAAACAGCUGGGGAUACAUCCCAGCUGGCAAUUCGUAGAUGUAUACGGUAUGGAUCAAGAACUACUUAGCAUGGUGCCAAGACCUGUUUGUGCUAUCCUCCUCCUCUUUCCAGUUACAGAAAAGUAUGAAACUUUCCGAACAGAAGAGGAAAAUAAAAUAAAAGCUCAGGGUCAAGAAGUCAAGCCAUCAGUGUAUUUCAUGAAGCAAACAAUCAGCAAUGCCUGUGGAACUAUUGGACUUAUUCAUGCUAUUGCUAACAACAGAGAUAAAAUUAACUUUGAAGCAGAUUCUUCUUUGAAGAAGUUCCUAGAUGAUUCGGUACCCAUGAGUCCUGAAGAGAGGGCCAAAUACCUAGAAACUUAUGAAGCUAUUCGUGUUACUCAUGAAUCCAGUGCCCAUGAAGGUCAGACGGAGGGCCUCAGAGAUGUCCAGCAAGUGCUUCACUCAUUGACCAUCCAUGGUUUUCAGGAAGAUCAUGGGAGAGCCUCUUCACUUAGUUUCAUGAGAUCAGCACUUUGGAGCCAUAAUCAACACAUGGUCAGGUAUGGUCUCCCUCCUCCAGCAAAGAAUUCAAGCCAUCAGAACACCAUUUUGUCAGUCAGAGGUUCUCCCCUGCUGGACUUAACCCUAUUGGCAUACCUAUAGGGACUCAUGAUAUUCACGAUAGAGUGUCUCCUUUGGGCCCAUUUCCAUGCCUGAUCUCAUCAGUGGCUUCUGCACCCACACCAGUCUGGCACUGCAGUGAGAAAGUGCUGUAAAAUAAGGGUUUACCAAUCAUUCUGCCAAUCCCUCAAAUAAUUGAUCUUCCCUGCCAUCAAGGAGGAGAAGUAUUUCUGGCAGUUGACCCAAGUGCAGAUCACCACUGACGCUAGUCUGAGAGGCUGGGAUGCCCACUGCAGGCCCCACCUAGCUUAAGACAAAUGGAACCAGGAGGAAGUGAAAAAUGGUAUGAACUGGCUGGAAUUAAACAACCCGACCACAAAACCCCAUUUAAAUCUCGGAGGGGGAACAAAUCACCCAACCCUCAUGAAGAAGGUCCAGAAGCUACUGAUCUGGGCAGAAUCACAUAUUUCCAUAGAGGCAAAGCACCUUCAGGGCACUCUAAACUCCCAGGUGAAUUGGCCCAGCUAGACAGAUAAAACCAAGAUGAGUGGAUCCUACAUCCAGAAAUGUUUCAUCUGAUAACCAGAAGGUUUAGCCAACUGGACAUAAACUCUUCACCUCCCCAGUGAAUGUUAAGAUAAACAGCGAAUGUCAAGAUUAACCUCAAGAUACCAAACAGAGGGUGCUGAAGACAUGGACACCCUGUAUCUCCCCUGAGCCAAAGGAGUUUCUGUAUUCCAUCCCAGUUGCCCUGCUUCCCAGGGUAAGGAAGGUGCAAUGAGAAAGAGCCUCAGUAAUCCUAGUUGCCUCAGUGUGGCUGAGAAGUGACUAAUUCUCCGAAUACAUACACAAUUCCUUGACUUGCCUCUUGACACAGGGACAGAUAUACCAUCCUGAUCUGGAGUGACUAGAAAUUGAGCAGAGAAACUGGUGGAUAUCAUCCUGAUCUCUAGACAUGCACCAAUCAACAGAAUUUAUGAAUACAACUUUAGAAUUUUCUGCAGGUGGUAUAGAUACAAGCAGAUCAAUUUUCUCAAGUUCUCUAUUUCUUAUUGGAAUUUCUCCAGGAGAGCACUGACCAAGGUCUUAUAUCCAAUAUGAUCAAGAGGUAAAUCGCAGCCAUCACCUCACUGCUGCCUCAUGCACAGGGAGCCAAGAUUGUGUUGCAUUGCAUCCACAUAUUCUCAGAUUCCUCAGGAGUCUGAUGCUCUUUGCCCCACCUGUAUUUCACUGGUUUCCUUUCUGAGACAACACACAGUUCUCAUAGCAUUCCACCAUUUGAACCUUUGUGAGGUCUUGUUAAAUCACUUAUCUUAGAAGAUGUUCUUCAUGAUUGCCGUCCCUUCACCACACAGGCUGUUGGAACUCAGCACAUUGUCAGACCAGACUCUGUCGUGCUCUGGAUGCCCCUGCUUUUACUCUUAAGGUGAACUCUGCCUUCCACAGGGUGCUGGUAGUGAUCCUCCCUACCUUUUGCCCUUGCCCUUCCAAAGAUUUGGAGAAGAUAUGGCACACUUUGGCCAUUCGCAGAACUAUCCACAUUUAACUGAAGAGGACGAACAACUUUGAUUUUUGGAUUCCUUGUUUCCUUCCUGCCUGUUCCAUGAGAAAGAAGAUAUCAACAUCUGCACUUAGCAGGUGGAUCAGCGCUUGCACUAUGGCUUACUGUGUCUGGGAGUUCCCCCACCAAGGAAAAUAGUUGCUCACUCAGUGAGGAGCAUACGACAUCUGACUUUAUCCAGCCAUACUGCCUUAGCAGAAAUCUGCAGGACAUCAAUGUGAAAGUCACUCUUAACAUUCAUAAGGCCCUGUAAACUUUACAUCUUGGACUCAGGUGAAGAUGCCUUUAGCUGGUGGGUGCUACAAGUAGUGGAAGUUACAAAUAGUAACAUGGUAGACUCCAGCAGGCAGCAGCAAUACCCAUCCUUAUCAAGCUCUAGUAUAUCCAAAUGAUGGGGCUAAACCAUAUACAUAUGUAGAUAGUUUGUAAGGGGCAUGUCUUUUCUCCCCUCUAUCUGUUGUUCAGUUUCACUUUUAGCAAAAAAAAAAAAAGUUUAUUUUUUCUCAGAUUGUCCUUCAGCUAUAAUAGUGACUAUAACCUUUUGAGGGUUACUAUCCCUGGUGGAGACACAGGGAAAAUAUACUUUUUCUGCCUUUUAGAGAGAUGGGGAAAGUAAUUUUUGUGGGGACAAUACAGCACUGGAAAAUUUCCAGAUCCUUAAUCUUCUCUAGCAAUGGUUGCUGCUCAGUUCAGGAUCUGAAACUAGUUUUAUAAAUGAAUCUAGAUCCUAGAUCAAAUGGGAAUGUUUGUCAUGAUUCUGGUGAAUAUCUCUAGUAUACAUGUAGGCAGCAGUACUGAUUCUGCACCAUUCUGUAAUGCCAGAUGAUCAGUCAUCUUACUUUUGUGGAUUAAGAAAUACUCUUCAAGAGUUGUUCACUCCCACAUCACUGACUGCAAAAUAAAACUGUUGGAACAACAAGGUAUGUUUGUAACUACAGUGGGGCAUUGGUGAAAUAGUGGGAAUCUACGCCUCCUGGCGUUUCACAGAUCCACCUGUCUUUCUGAAGCCUUGCAUUCCCAGAGGGCUUUUCCCUUGCCCUUGUGCUCUGUCCAAAAACCUGCGUGAAACAACUUCCAGCUUGGGGUGCAGGGUGAUGGCAAGCCCCGGGCAUGCAUUCUCCCUGCUUUGUUGCAUUCAGGGAGCAUGCCAGCCUCCGUUUCUGCCGUUGGAAUGGAAAAAGCAGAACUGUCCCAGCCACAGCAGGCCUUGCCACUACCUUUGCUGCUUCCCUCGGACAGCGUUUUGGCUUGAUUGCACUCAGACGCAGGAGUUUUGUUCACUAUUUCUGCAUUUUAAAUCCACGUUUGGCUAACAUUGCAGAUCUGGAGCAUGUAAAUACCGAUUGUCCACUGUAUACUAUCAAUUUAUACACUGAUUUAGAUGAAGAGAUUUAAGAGAAACCUGUAAGAGAAUAACUGUUCUUGUUGCUUUUGGCAGCACACUCUAGGCCACAGGUUGCAUCUGACUGUCCAGGGCUAUUUUUUCAGCUCCCAUGAUACCUUGGUGUAAAACAAAAAUUACUCCCUAAUACCUCCAAAUACCACAAGAGUAAUCUGGGUGAAAUUUGUGGAUAUUUUCCUCAUGUUUAUGCACCCCUAGCUAUUUAGGCCUAGGAAAGGCCUUUAAAAAAUAGGAAUUGAAUAGAAAGUGACUUUUCUGGGCCUAAAAUAGCCCAUGGGACUACAAAAUAUAGCAAAUAUGUCCCCGUGCUUUCCAAAGGUCAUAAGGGCAUUAAAUGCAUUUUUGCCUUUGCAGUGGGGGCCGCAUCUCUCUCAGUUGUCCUGUGGGGCAGUGUGGACCCCUAGCUUCCAAGGGUUGCCUGUCAUGACUGACGUGGUUACCUUUAGUAUUCAUUGAAAUGUUCAACAUCUGAAAUGGGUACCAGUGGUCAAGAUGACAAACUUGAAAAGGUGUAAGUUGCUGACUGGUUAAUGCUGUAAGGUGAAAGAUUUCAAGUUGUAUUUUUUUUUUUGGGGGGGGGUGACUUUCUAAACAAGUGGUUGAGAAAAAACAUGAAAGAAUGGCAUAGACCUUUAUUUUGUAUUUGAGUUUAUUUAUUUCAAGUUUAUUUUGUAUUCACAAUUCUCGGGUAGAUGGUUUAUACUUCAGCAGAAUAAUGAAAGGCUAUAGAGGUGGCUGGGAGCAGACCAAGGAGGAAACCUUUCUGUCUGCAACAUGUUUAUACUAUUCUGAUAUACUGUUCUAACUGCGUUCUGUGUACUUAUGCUGACCACAUAACCACAGAGUUGUCUUUGACAACGCUGGUUCUUCGACUCAGUAACAGAGAUGAGCAUCACCCCUUACAGUCGGACAUGACCUUGUCAAAGGGGAAACCUUUAUUUUUUUAAUAUCUAAUAGGUUAGAUGGUGGGUCACACCUACAGCUUCCUUGAUUUAUUUCUGCCCUGUAUAACUGCAGGGAUCCAUCUUCCAGUUGUCUUAUCUGGGAAAUGUGUGCCCCAUCCUAGAGAACUUGUUACUCAGCCACAGGGAUAAUCUAGGUAAAAUUAAUUGUUUAGGAGCACUUGUUCUUAGAGCAUGCUGGGACCAUCAAGUAAGGGCCUUGAUGCAUUCUCUGCAAUCGACUGCCUGCUGCAUCAGUUUUCUCCAGUAAAACCUACCUUAUAGCAAUGAUGUAUGCCAGUUUUUUCUAUCAGAAUCUUAGGGAGACCUAGAAUUGCAGCCAGUUCCAGCUCCAACAUGCACAUAUUUUAACAUAUUUGCACUUCAAAUUAAAUUGCUUUCUUUAAAAAAAUCCCAGCUUGAAACAAUACAUUUUAUUCCAAAUAUGAAACACAAGAAAACCCUUUUAGAAUUAUUUAAAAAAAAAAUCUUUGGGUACAUGUCCUUUGUUUUAUUCUGGAUGCCACUAAAAAGCCCUGACUUGUGUAUUACUUGCUUUGGUCAACAUGUUUUUCCCUAUUAUGUUGCUAAAAUGUGAGAUAUUAUUAUAUUCCAGUGAUGGCGAACCUAUGGCACGCGUGCCAGA